AUGUCGCAUUUUCUUGACAAGGCAUACGACAGGUACGCGGCGAGACAGGGAGGUAGUACGCUGUCAUCUCACCAUAAAUCUUUACUUUCCGAUCCGUCGCUUGUGGAGGACUAUCGGGAUAUAAUGCUGCAGCUACCACAGAACGGGGCUCCAAUGCGAGCAGGUGGAGACGGCAGUACAAAUGCCAGCGUGGUUAUAAUGUCUACGCCGAACACGCCCGAGCGAGAGCGAAAGCAUGGAAGCGUUAUUAUGGCUGCAGACUCGCCAGAAGACGGUUCGCAGGCAGUGCUGGAGCCCCCCUUGAAGCAGACGAUACUAGCUAGCGAUGAUGGGACGCUCCCGCUUCAGACAGUCGGAAACGCCGGUGCUAGGGACGCUCCGGACGACGGACCCGGAAGCGCCAGCAAGGAAAGCGCUAACAAUACCGGUCCGAACUCGUCGGAUUAUGAGGACCGUGAGGAGGACGGCUACGGCUACUCGGAUUCCGAUUUUGAAGAAUGCCUGGAGGGGAGUCUGAAGAACUUGGAGUCCGAUAAGAGCAAGCGGCGAAUCCUGCAGAAGCGGAACCUUAUGACUGUAACGAAACCGAGCCGCGAGGGCAAAACCCUCAGCAGUGGAUUUUUCAAGGGAAACCUGCAUAUGUAUUCUGAUGGGAGUAGUAGUGAAGAACAAGAACAGGACUCGUCAGGUGAUGAGCUGGCCAUACAUCCGGACGAAGAUGAGGAGGAUUAUCAACCCUUGCCUCCGCCACAAGAACUCGAUCCCGGUAAACUAUAUGCGUUAUAUGCGUUCCAGGGUCCCGACCCCUCUCACUGCCGACUUGAGCCUGACGAAAGCUGCAUUUUGCUAAACGACCAGGAUUCCUAUUGGUGGUUAGUCAAACGCUGCGGGGACGGGAAAAUCGGCUUUGCUCCGGCCGAAAUAUUGGAGACAUUCCCUGAGAGACUUGCUAGGCUAAACUGCUGGAAAAACGAGAACAUAUCCACCCAGCCUUUAUCAGACACGGCGCAAGAGAGCUCCACCGACCACAGCCGUGAGCCCUCGCAUUUGAAGUCUUACGAUGAGGGCAACAAGUCCGUGAGCUUCAACGACGUGGUAAGUUACGCAGAGCGCUAUCUUCAGCCGUCGGACAGUGAAGAAUGCGCCGCGUCAGAUGACAACAGGGCAGAACAGCCCAGCCCACACGUGGACCAAAUUCAUGAGAUGCGACUAAAUGACCACCACCUAAUGGAAGACGACGCAAGCGACAUUGUCAGUGACGCGGCGUUCCCCGCCAUGGCCCCGCUAACUGUCAAAAAGACACGGAGUAACAAUACUAGUAACGAUGAUGACGAUCUUGAUGAUACUCAUGAAACCGACAAAAAUGGCCGCAGCUCUCCAGCCGCCGGUUGUAGUCUGUCUCUCCUGAAACCACCCCUCACAGACAUGCGCCCCAACCUCAGCAAAGAAGAUGACCUCAAGCAGGUAUUCAAGGCGCCCGCGAUCCCGUUCUCCAGCGGGCGGCUCGCGGAAAUGCCCAACUCCCACUCGCAAAACUCCAUAUCCACCAUCGGCGAGUACUCUCCGUCCUCCUCUGAAUACACUAACGACUCCCCCCAGUUCGACAACGAAGGGAGGUUCAUCAGAGAGACUCGUUCCGACUCCAUUCCCACUGCCCGUGCGAUCCAGGACAUAUCCCGGCUCGUCAGCAGCGCCACAGAUGAGACCCUGCAUAACCCCUCUGAGGAUGAGCAACACCAGGUCUCCACGCCCCAGGCCUCCACCUCGCAUGCCUCUGCGUGUUCCACCGGUUCUACCGCAGAAUUACAAGCAACUGUGACAAAGACAAAUUCCGAAGAAUCAUUCCUGGACACUCGCCAGAAUGACCACAACUCGGUAUCCUCUGUUACCAGCAGCCAAUCUAUCAACAAACACGACCAUCAUCCCGUCAUUCACGAGCUGUAUUACCAGGUUUUCGACAAGAUAGAUGACCUGCUGGAGCGUUUAGAACGUCUCAGAGCUUCGGGUACAAAAUAA